AUGUUGAAUCUGCCUCUCCACGACAUGAGCCCUAUGGAAUGGCCCAUAGCGGCUUUUAUGAUUAUUAUCCUCACAUUCCUAGCAAAGGGUAUAUACAAUGUAUUCUUCCACCCCCUGGCCAACAUCCCUGGGCCAUUUCUCGCCAGAGCAAGUCAAAUACCUUCGUGGUAUCACGCACAUCGAGGGGACCGGCAUAUCUGGGUAUGGCAACAAUUCCAGAUAUACGGCGACAAGGUACGCGCGGAACCCAACACAGUCCUUUUCAACAGCCCUGAAGCGUACGCGGAUAUAUACAGCCAGAAGUCGAACGUAAGACGAAACAAUUUAUACAAGGUAAUGCAGUUCAACGGCUUCGAAGAUGCAACGAUUACUACACUUGACGUCGCCGAACAUGCGCGGAGGCGAAAGAUCCUGAGUCUCGCUUUCACGGAGAAUUCGGUGCGUGCCGCGUCGAGUUUCGUCAUCCAGCAUUUAGACCGUUGGAACCAACUUCUUAUGGAGGAGAUUGAUUCCGGCUGGUCACCUGCGGUCGAUAUCUCGGAGAAGCUAGAUGGUCUAAUCUUCGAUAUCAUGGGGGAUCUUAGUUUUGGGAAGUCUUUCAAUGUCAAGGAACCCGGGGUUAACCCCCUGAAAACCGUACAACACAGCAUUUCGGAUUAUUUGAAAUUGCACCAUUCGAUGGCCCGCUCCCCCUUUCGUGAUUAUAUCGUUUGGCUCAGGCCUAGGGGCUUGGACAAGCUUUUCGCGUUAUUAACGCCACCAAAUAUGCAGCAAUACGAACGGUUUAUCCAUGAUAGCGUCACCGAGAGGAUUUCCUUGCACCAGGAACAAGCCGAGAAAUUGGAAGCUGAGCGGCGCCAGGAUAUGUUCUAUUUUCUGUGCGAAGCCCGUAACCCCGAUACUGGCCUUCCAGCCUAUAACGAGGCCGAGCUCCGAGCGGAGGCAAACCUAUUAAUUGUUGCCGGGUCCGAUACCACGUCUGUCAACCUCUCCGGCCUAUUCUUUUACUUAACUGGUGACGACCAGCGUUAUCAAAAGCUUGUCCGGGAGAUUCGUACGGAACUUAAAUCCAUUGACGAUAUCGUAUACGGACCCAAGCUUUCAUCUCUGGUAUACUUACGAGCGUGUAUUGAAGAAGGGAUGCGUCUUGCUCCGGCGAUCCCCGGUGAGCUUCCCCGAGAAGUGCUUCCAGGAGGGCUCGAGAUCCAAGGAGAGUAUUUCCCCCCAGGAACCAAUGUUGGUACGCCUAACUGGGCACUAUCCCGUAAUCAGGAAGUUUACGGCGACCCUGAAUUGUUUCGUCCCGAACGCUGGAUUGUAGACGAGGCUACGGGCGUAACGGAGGAGGACGUGAAUAGGGCGCGGUCCAGUAGUCACCCUUUUGCUGGAGGGCCUGGUAGGUGCCUUGGACAAAACUUCGCAAUGAUGGAAAUGAUGAUUAUAGUCGCUCUAACUCUUCACCGAUUAGAUGUCAGGAGGGAGCCGGGCUCUACAUUGGGGUCAGGGGGACCUGAAUAUGGAUGGGGCGCACGCGAUAGGAAGCAGUUCCAGUUGUUUGACGCGUAUAUUUCAAUACGACAUGGCCCAAUGUUACAGUUCAGGAAGAGGCAGCAGUCAGAUUAUGCCUAG